AGCUCUUUUCUACGACGCAUCCAAAAGAAUAGCGCCAAAUCAGCGAAUUCCGGAGUUCGUUCCGUAAAUAAUCUGUAAAUUUUGGCGAUAAUGGGGGAAAACUUCGAAUCGUACACCCCACAGUUGCUCAAAAAUCCCUUGUCCUAUUCGGAUCUCGUGAAAAAGGGCGUUGAGUUCGAGGUCGACAAUUCGCACCCGAACCAUGCCAGGGAUCUGGGUCUUGACAGCGACAGCGACUACGAGGAUGCGCUGGAUGUGGACGGUGAGGAGCUACGUUCCCCGUGGACAUAUUCCUUCGACGAACUGCGUGCGCUGAUGACCGAGAUCGACGAAAACAUUUACAAGCGGAUCACUCGCACUGGUCACGUGGAUCGGGAGGCGGUGCCGAACAAGGCUAGGGUCUCGGUUCGGUACAGUGGCUACUGGGAGGGAGAGACUACUCCCUUCGACUCCUCCCUGCUGCGGGGCACCAAAUUCGAGUUUGAAACUGGCCAGGGAACGGUGGUUGAAGGCCUGGAGGCCGCCGUGCGCAGCAUGCGCCCUUACGAGCAGGCCGAGUUCAUUAUCUCCUACAAGCUGCUCUUCGGAGAACUCGGUUGCCCUCCGCGGAUCAAGCCCAAGGCGGAUGCGCUCUUUAAGGUGGAGGUAAUUGACUACUCGCUCAUAGGAGAUGCGAAGGGCAUCGACGCUAUCCCCCAAGAAGACCGCGACAAGUUUUAUGUGGUCUAUCCCAAGGCUGUGGACUUGCACCUACAUGGCAAGGACUCAGUGAAGCGUGGUCGCUAUCGGAGUGCGGCAACUGCCUUCGAACGGGCGGUUAGCUCACUGAACUACUGCCGAUUGGCCAAUGACGAGGAGGAGCGCAAGCAAACUGAACUGCUUAUUACCCUGAACCAAAACCUGAUGAUCGUUUACAACAAGAUGGACAAGCCGAAGCGCGCCUGCAUCAUGAUGAAGGCCUUACGGCACCUGACCCUGGGCAAUCCGUCUUGCAAGGCGCUCUUCCAGGAGGGACGCGCCCUGGCCGCUCUGGGCGAGUACGACUUGGCCCGCAACGCUUACCUGCAGGCGCAGGCCAAGCAGCCGGAGAACAAGGAGAUCAGCGAUGAGAUUAUCAGCAUGAACAAGAGAAUCAGCAAGUAUGAGGAGGCCAGUCGCGAUAUAUGGGCACGUGCCCUCUCGUUAAAUAACUCAAAGUCAGACGUCCGCAAAACUCCUGCUCAGCUGGAGAAGGAGGCAAAGGAAAAGGAUUUCAAUGACAAAAUGGAAGAUUUGAUUAGGCGGUUCAAGAACACUUCAAAUCAACAAGUGAGCUUUUCACGUAAAUCUUAUUCGAACGCUCAGUUCGACACGACUUGCAAAUUGGCCAAGAAACACAACCUGAAGCUAAUUUUGUCUCCGAUCCAAGAGGAUGUUCUGACAUUGUCUAAGCCGGAUGUCAAGUUCGCUUGAGCUCCCAGUAUUUCAUAAUUCAUAGCUUAUUCCAAAAAAGGAAACAAACCUUACCAAACAUGAAGGUAAUUAAGUUCCCAGUUCUAGAAGAGCAGUAUCUUUAGUUAUUUCGAUAUUAGCAACGUGAAUAUCGUAAGAUCAGACUAAUGUCAACGUUUUUUGUUAUCUAGAGCAACGUAAACCUUAAGUUGUUACAAACUACAAUAAAAGCAAUGUACGGCAACUACA